AUGGAUCGCUGGACAGGACGCGUUGCCUUGGUAACAGGGGCAUCGAAAGGAAUAGGAGCAGCCAUUGUUCGUGCUCUGGUGAAGAAUGGUAUGGUGGUGGUUGGAUGUGCCAGACACGUGGAAGGAAUGCAGAAAACAGCUGCAGUUCUUGAAAACGAAAAGGGUCGUUUGAUUCCAAUGAAGUGUGACCUCACCAAAACGGAAGAGAUAGAGUCCAUGUUUCAAGAAAUCAAGGAACAGUUGGGUGGUGUCGACGUUUGUGUUAACAACGCAGGUGUUAAUCUCUGUCAGGAUUGCAAGACAGGGCCUUUAUCUGAUACCAAGACGAUGUAUGAUGUGAUUAGUCCUGCAAUGGUGGACACUCCGCAAGCAAGAGCAGACAUGGACGACAACCUCUCCCGUCCGGAAACUUGUCUUCAACCAGACGAUGUUGCUGCCGCCGUGACCUUUGCUCUUGGUGCCCCGCCAUGUGUCAACGUCCGCCAUCUUUGCCUCCACGCCAUACACGACUCGUUUUAA